UGGAUGCUCCUAUAAUCGGACACUUUACGUGAAUACAAAGAGGCUCAAUUAAACUCUUAAUUGUCUCCGCUUCCGGUUCCAUCUUAUUUAGAAAACAAUAAAAACGCGCUCCAGCCUCCGUCACGAGGACAAACCACCAGCAACCCAAACCUUUGCCAAUACUGUGGAAGUUGUUGCAUUGCAUCCUGGCUGCAAGGUGGAGACCGCGUUUGACAAUCCAAGAGGGGGGAGAGAGGGAGGAGAGGAGGGGAGGGAGGAGAGGAGAGGGGGGAGCUGCUGUAUUGUAGCGCCUGCGGGCAAUGCUCCCAGUCAAUAUAUAUCUCCACAGUCGCUCCUGCGCUCCUAUUUGAGCGGGACGCGCUGCCCUCUCAGUGCCGCUGCAGAGGAGUGACAGCCAGCCUCACCGGGACGCGCUCUCCCCCUCUCUCCAGAUGACCAGCUCAUCAUCCCGACAACCAUCUUAGGCGUCCAUGCUACCCUCAGCCAGGCUGCGUUGCGCCCUUAGCCGCCCUCCGAGGGUCCAGCCCUAAACUCAAGCAGGAGUGCUGUGAGGGGCCCCUUGCACAGGUGCAGAGCCCCCUAUGACGGGCUCAUUUUUGCCCCCCAGCCCUGGACCCUGCUAGCCACUGGUACUGCAGUGGAACUAAUGAGUAGUGGCAGGUACAGUGAGAACAGAGCAGCGAGGGCCUCCCUGCAGUUAGAUUCAAGAAAUGCUCGUCUUCAUCGACCAAACUGAGGAAAGACUCCUGUGAAAUGCACCCUGGCACAAAAGAGAGAACACCUAACAGUCUAUCUUGAAUUGAUCAUCCUUUUAAAACGAUCUUUAUAAAUAUCAAGACUUAAUCAUGUCCAAGGACGACGCUUGUAAGGUGACGUCAGCAAACGGCAGCAAACACAAGGAGCGCAAGCCCAAGAAACCUCACUACAUUCCCCGGCCAUGGGGUAAACCCUACAACUACAAAUGCUUCCAGUGCCCCUUCACCUGCAUGGAGAAGUCCCACCUGUACAACCAUAUGAAGUACAGCCUGUGCAAGAACUCCCUCUCCCUGCUCAUAGAGUCGGACUGGCCGUAUAAAAAGGGCAACAUCCUGCACCCGGAGCAGCUUCGACCCUUUCAGCAGGCGCAUGGCCUUCAAGCUGCCGGGAAAGAUCAGCUAGAACAGGUAACGGGGACCGAGGAGAGGCAGAGGAAACAAAGAGACAUGGAGGAGGAAGGUGAGGACAGGGAAAGCCAGGGAGCGGAAGAUGAGGAAGAAGGAGGAAGAGGAGAGGCGGUAGUGGUCACGAGGGAGAGCUCGAGUAACAGCAGAGGAGACGGCGCAGAGAUCCCUGCCAAGAAACCCAAACAGCCAGAGUCGGAGCUUCUGAUGGCUGACGUGCUUUCCCUGGAAGAUCAGCUUCUACGAGCGCGAUCAAUCGAGGUAGAAGCCCAGCUCAAACACUAUAAGCUGUCCAAGACGUGCCUGACAGCACCCGGCCUGCUGUCGGAGCAGUGGCGGCUCUUGUCGUCGAGCCACACUAAGGCCAAAGCUGAAGGUGCUCAGUCCAGAGUGAGCGGUUCAAUCCCCUGUUACCCUCCUCCACCGAACCUGGUGGAUUACCAGGAUCCCACUGGACUCAACCUGUCAAUGCUCGGGGUUGGCUACCCCAUCAGCCCCAGCCUCUUCUCCUACAUGAACUCUGCCAUUCCCACAGCUGCAACAGGUGUCGCCGCCCAGACUCACGCACAACUCGCCCAGCUCCCCUUCCUGGCUUCGGCUGCUCAGCUGAUGCACCCGGCCUCCAGCACCAUCACGGACAGAGCUCUUAUCCCCCCUCGUCUCUACUACCCCUUCCUGUGUGAGCACACGUUCGGACCAGCCUCCAGUCAGAGUGACGCUGGUAAAGUGCUCAAGACGUCCCCGAACAGUCUAGAAGCGAGCUCCCUGUCUGGAUUCCAGCCAAAAUUGAAUCUGUGGAAAGUGCCUGCUCUGCGGCCGGGGACCACCGCAGCCUCCCCUGCUGGCUGGGUGUCACCUCAGAGAGACUCCCCUGAUCAGGGCUACCGGCUGGGGGAGAAACUUCAGAGUACAGCCAAGGAAGGUAAAGCGAGUUGGGGCCUCAAGAGGACAGGGGCCCCACUGGGGAACCAUGAGACUCCUACGGAGAAGAAGCCGGCCAUGGGUUUCACUUUGGACCUCCUGAAAAACAUUCAGACUGCAUCGACUCUUAAUAUGGCAGCAGACAAACUUCUCUUCCAUGGCAGUUUACAGGAUGCUCAGCUUCAGUCCCGGCCCACUGAACUCUGGUACAACGAUCCUCUCAGCAGUCCCACCAGUGAAACAUCUUCUCUUCCUUCCUCUGGAGGAACCAAUUCCCAGGAAUCCUCUGCAGCCCGGACAACAGGGGAGGGAGCUUCAGAGUCAGUGGCUGCCCUCCUCAGUGACCUCUCCAAGGCUUUGCAGGAGUACCAGGAGGCUGAACGCAAGAUCUCCCACCUGGAGAAGGAGGACCUUCCCGCCCAACGCCACCUUUGGGAACACCUCAGCAAAAUCCGCAGCGAGCUCUCCCACAUCCACCUGGCGUUAGAGCGAACGGCCCGACAGAGCGAAGGGCCUCUUGACCUGUCAGUGAAGAGGGGCUUGUCCGAUUCAGUCGGUGACCACGGCACGGGGGAGGACUGCAGCUUUAAAGACAACACAACAGAGACGGAGGAGGAGGAGGAGGAAAUGGAGGAUAAAAAGGAGGAGGAAGAGAACGAGAGAAAGGCGAUAAAGGCUUCUUUAGAGAGUCGGAAGCAGUCGUUGGACAUGCUGAUCAAGAUGAGUCAGGCGUCAGUGGUGAGCGCAGAGGUGCUCUCUCCUGGUGGUCUUGGCAUGAGGCCCAGCUCUGCUGAGGCCCUGUGGCCGAGCAGGACCACCAAGUGUGAGGCGGACUCCAGCGUCCUGCUGUGCCCUGACGGCCGAUCUGUCGUGUUCACCGACAUCCCAUCCUCAGUCAAAACCCCAAAGAGACCCCCAUCUAUACAGCGACUAGAAGCCCAGUGUCCUUUGAGCCCUCUGACUGCCACUGACAAUUAAACUCAUGUUCUUCAUACAGUAAUUCAAAUGCAGUUUUCUUUAUUAUUACUGGCAUGUCUUUGAUUUUCACUGACCGGGUGAGGACUGUCACUGUUUUUCUUAGUUUAACUUCACACAAACCUCAAAUGUUUUGCACCUUAUAUAUAGAGAAUGAAUGAAAAUAUUCGAAAGAAAAGUCUUACAAAUGCACUACGGACAUUGAUUGUUACAAUAAGAUUCUUCUGAAAAAACAACAUCAGCGCUUAUUAUAAUUUCCAACAGGAUCGUUUGAACAGUUAAGUCUAUUAAAACCAUGUGGAGAGACAAUCCUCUGAAUGGAUUUGUACAUGUUGUAAAUACAGUAAAUGUAAGUAAAAUGUUUUAAAAGGUAAAUGGUUUUAUAUGGAUGAUGUCAUGUUGGACUGCAUCAUUUCACUUGAUGACGAUAAAUUGUAUUAUACACGUUGUAUUUCUUUGAAUAA